CUCUCCAAAGAAGAAAAAGGAAUACAAGAGGGGAGGCCUCUCUCAGGUCUGUGUUCGUGUUCUUGCUUUUUCUUUUUCAUUAAUCAGAAAAAAAAAAAAAAGGCCACAAGCUCCAAAACCCUUGAAUCCUUUUUACUCACCGUCUUUUCCUUUUUCUCCUCUGCUGAAGAACCUUAUCGUGAACCUUCAAGUUUUUAUGUUCCCAGAUCUGAAGGAUUGAGUUAAUAUUUUGGGGAUUGCCAGGUUUCUUCUGUAGUGUGUAGAAAGGAUACAAGAUGCAGAGGCCACUGCAGGAAGAUUUUUCGUUGAAAGAAACCAAACCCCACCUCGGUGGCGGGAAGAUUACCGGAGAUAAGCUCACAAGCACCUAUGAUCUCGUCGAGCAAAUGCAAUACCUUUACGUCCGGGUAGUGAAGGCGAAAGAUUUACCCGGAAAGGACGUCACCGGAAGCUGUGAUCCGUAUGUCGAGGUUCGCCUCGGAAACUACAAGGGCACGACUCGUCAUUUCGAGAAGAAGUCGAACCCGGAGUGGAACCAGGUGUUUGCCUUUUCGAAGGAUCGAAUUCAGGCGUCGGUUCUUGAGGCCACCGUGAAAGAUAAGGAUUUCGUAAAGGAUGAUUUCAUCGGUCGAGUUCUGUUUGACUUGAACGAGAUUCCGAAAAGGGUUCCCCCGGAUAGUCCUCUGGCUCCGCAGUGGUACAGACUCGACGAUCGAAAGAAUGAGAAGGCGAAGGGAGAGUUAAUGUUGGCUGUUUGGUGGGGUACUCAAGCCGAUGAGGCGUUUCCCGAGGCCUGGCAUUCCGACGCUGCUGCCGUCAGCGGCGCCGACGGGCUUGCGAAUAUCAGGUCGAAGGUCUAUUUGUCGCCGAAGCUUUGGUAUCUGAGGGUGAAUGUUAUCGAAGCUCAGGAUUUGCAGCCGAGCGAUCGAAGCAGGUUUCCGGAAGUUUUCGUGAAGGCCAUUCUCGGGAAUCAAGCGUUGAGAACGAGAGUGUCGAUGAACAAAACGAUAAACCCUCUUUGGAACGAGGAUUUGAUGUUUGUUGCGGCGGAGCCGUUUGAGGAGCCGUUAAUACUAAGCGUCGAAGAUCGUGUCGCUCCAAACAAAGACGAGGUUCUCGGCAGGUGCGCGAUCCCGUUGCAGUACGUCGACAGGAGAUUGGAUCACAAACCCGUCAACACUCGGUGGUAUAAUCUCGAGAAGCAUGUCCUCGUCGAAGGGGAGAAGAAGAAGGAAGUGAAAUUCGCAAGCAAGAUUCAUAUGCGGAUUUGUUUGGAAGGCGGGUAUCAUGUACUCGACGAGUCGACGCACUACAGCAGCGAUCUCAGGCCUACGGCGAAGCAAUUGUGGAAGUCGAGCAUCGGCGUUCUCGAGUUGGGGAUCUUGAACGCUCACGGGUUGUCUCCGAUGAAAACAAAGGAUGGUCGAGUAACGACCGACGCAUACUGCGUCGCAAAAUACGGGCAGAAAUGGGUCAGGACGAGGACGAUAAUCGAUAGCUUUACGCCGAGAUGGAACGAGCAGUAUACUUGGGAAGUAUUCGAUCCAUGCACGGUGGUGACGAUAGGCGUGUUCGACAACUGUCACUUACAAGGAGAUAAGUCGGGAAGGGAUGCGAGAAUCGGGAAGGUGAGAAUUCGACUUUCGACUCUCGAAACGGAUCGCGUCUACACGCAUUCGUAUCCGCUUCUGGUUUUGCAUCCCUCCGGGGUUAAGAAAAUGGGCGAGAUUCAUUUAGCCGUACGGUUUACUUGCUCGUCGUUGGUUAAUAUGAUGCAUAUGUACUCGCAACCCCUGUUGCCGAAAAUGCACUAUAUCCAUCCGCUAACCGUCGGUCAGCUCGACAAUUUGCGACAUCAGGCGACUCAGAUUGUCUCGAUUAGGCUCGGUCGAGCCGAGCCGCCGCUGCGGAAGGAGGUCGUCGAGUACAUGCUCGACGUUGGUUCGCACAUGUGGAGCAUGAGGCGGAGCAAGGCGAAUUUUUUCCGAAUCAUGGGGGUUUUGAGCGGUUUAAUUGCCGUCGGGAAAUGGUUCGAUCAGAUUUGCAACUGGAAGAAUCCGAUCACGACCGUUCUCAUUCAUAUACUGUUCUUGAUCUUGGUGAUGUAUCCCGAGCUGAUUCUGCCUACCGUUUUCCUCUACCUGUUCUUGAUCGGCGUAUGGUACUAUCGAUGGAGGCCGCGGCACCCACCCCACAUGGAUACUCGUUUGUCUUGCGCCGAUACUGCACAUGGCGACGAACUUGACGAGGAGUUUGACACAUUUCCGACUUCUCGCCCCGCGGAUAUUGUAAGAAUGAGGUAUGAUCGUCUUCGGAGCAUUGCAGGGAGGAUUCAGACAGUGGUCGGUGACUUGGCGACCCAAGGGGAGAGGUUACAAUCGUUGCUGAGCUGGCGCGACCCUCGAGCGACGGCGCUGUUUGUUAUUUUCUGUCUGAUUGCCGCGAUCGUGCUCUAUGUGACGCCAUUCCAAGUGGUGGCGCUUCUCGCGGGGUUCUACGUUUUGAGGCAUCCGAGGUUUAGAUACAAGCUUCCUUCCGUGCCGCUUAAUUUCUUCCGGAGGCUGCCGGCGAGGACGGACUGCAUGUUGUGAUGAAGGUAAGGUUAAGGGUGACUUCUUGAUGAUGAAAACUUGAUAAUUUGUGCAUUUUAGGGUUUCUUUAUUUUUGUGGGUAUCAGAUAUCAUCUUCCCCCAUGAGACAAACUAGCUUCAUGGUAAUCUUGCACCGUACUGUUACUGUAGAGUUUGUCUCUGUGUCUGUCUGGAUCAUCGUCAUAAUCUUGAAUUGCUGCUGUUUAUUUAUUCAAACUUGAGAUGUUCAUGUCAAGUCAGUAAGUCUGAGCAUUAUUUAUUCCUAAUC